GCAGCCAGAGCAGCAGCGGCGGCGCCCCGGCAGCCCCCCUCAGCCCAGAAACGACAAUGCAGACAUCAGAGACUGGUUCGGACACAGGUUCGACAGUGACUUUACAGACUUCUGUAGCUGGCCAAGCAGCCGUGCCCACCCAGGUGGUACAGCAGUUACCAGUGCAGCAACAGGUUCAGCAAGUGCAAACGGUGCAACAGGUCCAGCAUGUCUACCCAGCCCAGGUGCAGUAUGUGGAGGGAAGUGACACCGUCUACACAAACGGAGCUAUACGAACAACCACGUAUCCUUACACAGAAACUCAGAUGUACAGCCAAAACACUGGAGGGAAUUACUUUGAUACCCAAGGCAGUUCUGCACAGGUGACUACUGUGGUCUCUUCUCAUAGUAUGGUGGGCACUGGAGGCAUUCAGAUGGGUGUCACGGGAGGACAGCUCAUCAGCAGCACGGGAGGCACCUACCUGAUUGGCAACUCCAUGGAGAACUCUGGCCAUUCAGUGACGCACACCACGCGCGCCUCCCCAGCCACAAUUGAAAUGGCGAUUGAGACACUGCAAAAGUCUGAUGGUCUGUCCACUCACAGAAGCUCUCUUCUCAACAGCCAUCUCCAGUGGCUUUUAGACAACUAUGAAACAGCAGAAGGAGUGAGUCUCCCCAGAAGUACCCUCUACAACCACUACUUGAGACACUGUCAGGAGCAUAAAUUGGACCCAGUCAAUGCUGCCUCUUUUGGAAAACUAAUAAGGUCAAUUUUCAUGGGCCUACGAACCAGAAGAUUGGGAACCAGGGGGAACUCCAAAUAUCAUUACUAUGGGAUUCGUGUCAAGCCAGACUCCCCUCUAAAUCGGCUACAAGAGGACAUGCAAUAUAUGGCUAUGAGACAGCAACCCAUGCAGCAGAAACAAAGGUACAAGCCUAUGCAGAAAGUGGAUGGAGUCACAGACGGUUUCACGACAAGUGGUCAACAGACAGGCACAUCUGUUGAACAAACUGUAAUUGCUCAAAGUCAACAUCAUCAACAGUUUUUGGAUGCGUCUCGAGCACUUCCAGAGUUCGGAGAAGUUGAAAUCUCUUCUCUGCCAGAUGGUACUACUUUUGAGGAUAUUAAGUCAUUGCAGAGUCUCUAUCGAGAGCACUGUGAGGCAAUAUUGGAUGUUGUAGUGAACCUUCAGUUUAGCCUAAUAGAAAAAUUGUGGCAGACUUUCUGGCGCUAUUCUCCCUCAACAACAACCGAUGGCACUACUAUUACUGAACCAAGCAAUCUGAGUGAAAUAGAAAGUCGACUUCCGAAAGCAAAGCUGAUUACUCUGUGCAAAAAUGAGUCAAUUCUGAAAUGGAUGUGUAACUGUGACCAUGUGAUGUACCAGACUUUGGUGGAGAUUCUCAUUCCUGACGUCCUUAGACCUAUUCCUAGUGCCUUGACCCAAGCCAUUCGCAAUUUUGCAAAAAGCCUUGAAGGUUGGCUUUCCAAUGCCAUGAACAAUAUUCCACAGAGAAUGAUUCAAACCAAGGUUGCCGCUGUAAGUGCCUUUGCUCAGACUCUGCGAAGAUACACAUCUCUGAAUCAUCUGGCUCAGGCAGCGCGGGCUGUACUGCAGAACACGUCUCAAAUCAACCAGAUGCUCAAUGACCUCAACCGUGUAGAUUUUGCCAAUGUCCAGGAGCAGGCUUCCUGGGUGUGCCAGUGUGAUGACAACAUGGUGCAGAGGUUGGAAACAGAUUUCAAGAUGACUCUUCAGCAGCAGAGCACUCUGGAGCAGUGGGCGGCCUGGCUUGACAACGUCAUGAUGCAAGCACUGAAACCGUAUGAAGGAAGGCCGAGUUUUCCUAAAGCAGCGCGGCAAUUUCUCUUAAAGUGGUCUUUCUACAGCUCAAUGGUUAUUCGAGAUUUAACCUUGCGCAGUGCUGCUAGCUUUGGUUCUUUUCAUCUGAUCCGUCUAUUGUAUGACGAAUACAUGUUUUACUUAGUUGAACAUCGUGUUGCUCAAGCCACAGGAGAGACACCUAUUGCGGUUAUGGGAGAAUUUGGUGAUUUAAAUGCUGUGUCUCCUGGAAAUAUGGACAAAGAUUGCAGGAUUCAUGGUGGUUUUAUUUGUGCAGAUGAAGGUAGUGAAGUUGAAAGUGAAAUGGAUGAAGAGCUGGAUGACUCCGGAGAGCCGCAAGCCAAGAGAGAGAAGACUGAGAUGAGCCAGGCCUUCCAGGUGGGCUGCCUGCAACCCGUCCUGGAGAGCGGCGUGCAGCAGAGCUUGCUGAGCCCUCUUCACAAUGAGCACAUUGUCACAGCCACGCAAACUAUCAGACAAUGCAGUGCCACUGGAAACACAUAUACUGCAGUCUAACAGAUAUUAAAGCUCUUUUUUUUCCAGAUUA